CGCUUCCGGCACCGAGGCAAUUACCAAGACUUGGAUGAGGCUAUCAUGCUUCACAGGGAAGCGCUGGCUUUACGUCCAGUUGGUCACGCAGAUCGGCCCCUGUCAUUAAAUAAUCUUGCGAAUGCGCUCUCCACCCGCUUCAAGCACCAAUACAAUGGCCAAGACUUGGAUGAGGCCAUCAUGCUUUACAGGGAUGCACUGGCAUUAUGCCCAGUCGGUCACGCAGAUCGGUCCAUGACAUUGCAUAACCUUGCGACUACGCUCUCCAUCCGCUUCAAACACCGAGGCACUGACCAAGACUUGAAUGAAGCUGUCAUGCUUCAUACUCCGCACGCCUCUUGAUGACCUCCAACAUCGCGGCGAUCAUGCGGUGGCGCUGAUGAAGAAAUUCAGAGA